AUGAUAUUUUUAAAUAUGAAAUCUGUUGCUUGGGCAUACUCUAUGAUCACUUUAGGGACUGACCUACUAAAUUCUGUCUUCAAUUUCUACUAUGUGAAACUUUUUUUACAUCUGUACAAGAUUUCAGAAGUGGCCUUUUGUCAAGCCCAGAUAAUUUUGAUGAUCUGGAUUAUUCUUAAUGACCUCAUUGUGUAUUUUUGCGACAACUUUAAGGCUGAUUGUGGUGCAAGCCAUUAUCUUUCUGCCUUGUUUGGUGGCCCUUUGUAUGCAAUGACCUUCCUGCUUCCUUGGUUCCCUUGGAAAGACUAUCAAGAAGGUGACUGGCUUAGUGGAAUUCACCUGAUGAUAUCAUUAUGCGCCUUUGAGAGCACGCUUUCAUGUAUCCAGCAAGUCCAGCAUAAAUGGUUUGUAGAGACUUUCCCUAGACAUGAGAGUAGGCUUCGUCUUAUUAAAAUUAGCCACAUGGUAUCACUAAUAGGAUCUACCAGUAUCCUUUUCUGUGGCCUCAUCUCUAAUAACAUAGAAAGUUUGCCCAAUUUUCAGGCUGUUGCUGUUAUCAUUGCCUUUCUUGCUGCUGCCAGUGUUCAUGCUGGCAUGAACCACAUGAAACAGUUUGAAUGGAAAAGAAGCCUGGAGGAAAAUGUCCUUUUGGGAAGUGAAGAGGAUCGUUCUUGGACCUCGGUCAUCGUACUGAGACAGAUCUUGUCCCAGAAGAACUUUUACCUUUUUCUGAUCGUGAAUUUCCUCCAAGCCUUCCAUUUAACCUUCCUGCACAACUUCAUGAUGAUCUUUAUGGAUAAUCUCAUUCCCAGGGAUAUUCUUUCUUCCUCCGGAAGGAGCAUCAUGUAUGGGGCAGGCUUUAUUUGCCCACAGUGCCUGGUACUUAUGGGUCAUUCCUGGCUGAAGAAAUUUGGUUACUAUAAGAUCAUCCUAAUUUCUUUCUACCUAGAAGGAACAGCUUCCAUUGUCAUGUUACUUCUGGGACAGGAAUACUAUUAUUGCUUGGCUCUUUAUCUCACUUUUAUCAUGGUGAUUGUGCAAGCUUCUUAUUGCUUAUUUAACCUGCCACUAGCUGACAUGAUUGAUGCAGUGUUACUGAAGUUCAAUAGGCUGCCACUCUUUUCCUCCAUGGUUUUUGGCAUCAAUGCUUUGCUCACAAAACCUGCCCAGUCUUUAGCUCCCAUGGUGAUACUCUCUAGACUCACUCAGUUUGGAUACAGAAGCCCAAACAGCAGUGCACUUUUAGAUCCUCAUGGUGCUGUGUUUAGCUUGGUUUGCCUGCUCCCACUGGGAAUUGCCAUAAUUCAGAUUAUGGUUUGGAGCCUGUUCUCAAUCAGAAACAAGACAGACUACACACAGACUUUUUAAGACCAAUGCCAGCUGCUAUGGGAGUCAAACAAGACUUCAGGUCUUUUGUUUUUACAAUUGGUUACUUUGUAGCAGAAGGGCAAAAUUAUUCUUCAUAAACUCUAAAUUGUUUAGAAAACAAAUAAGCAAAAAGAUAUAAA